AUGUUGUUGCCCCAAAAAAGAGUUUUGAAGGGCAAAGAAAAGCGAGGAUACCCUACCUACAAAUGGAGUACUAAGCCACCGCCUCCUCAUCGAACUCCUGGUAAGAAUAUAGUCCCAUAUUUACCAGGUCCUGUGGGUGUUGCCAAAGAAGUGACUACAGAACUGGAUGUGUUUAAAUUGUAUUUCAAUAAAAAAAUUAUUGAUACUAUACUUGUUCAUUCUAAUCAGGAAAUCGCUAAACAAAAAGCAAAUUAUGGCCCGCAAACUUCAUAUACAAAAGAUGUUGACAUUUCAGAGCUGAAAGCCUUUUUUGGCCUUUUGUAUCUGACUGCAGUAAAGAAAGAUAACAGAGUAUCAACAAAUUUUUUGUGGGGCAUCUCUGGCAGUGAAAUUUACUCAGCCAUCAUGUCAACAGAGCGUUACAAAUUUCUAACCUAG